UGAUUGAACCUUCUCAUCGAUAACUCACUCUCCUUAAACAAUACUCGUCCCCGCCGAUCACACUCAGAUUGAAAAAUUGAAUUCUUGUCCCCGCCAUCUCUUCACCAUCUCUAACAUGUCACUGAAUCAUUAACGUUGUUGCAUUCCGAAUUGCCAACAAACAAUGAAAUAAAUCACUAUUAUUUCUGAAAACUUCAAAUUUAUUCUCAGUCGACAACAUGCGAAUGAGGUUUUCCAACAACCUUACCUCAAUCCCUCCGAACAAUCUCCGCCGCCUCUUCUCCCAACUCUCCACCAACCCACCACCACCACAACAUUUUCCCGACAAAAUCAAUUCACCAAAACCUCAUCCCUCCACACGCCUUUCUCAGAAUCACAUCUUGGAAACCCUCUUAACCCACAAGUCCAACCCCAAAUCAGCUUUCAAAUUCUUCAAAACCGUUGAGAAAAAACGAGGGUUCGUUAAAACCGUUGAUGUUUUCUGUUUAUUGAUUCAUAUUCUAUCUUCCACCCCAGAAACUUACAGCUCUGUUCGAAAUUUACUCAACGUAUAUGUUUCUAGUGAUUCCAGUCCUUCUGCUAAGAUACUUGUGGAACAAUUGUUGGAGUGUUCAGGAAGGUAUGGUUUUGAAACGGAUUCGAGGGUUUUUAAUUAUCUUUUGAAUAGUUUUGUUAGAGCUAAUAAGAUUACAGAUGCUGUUGAGUGUUUUAGAACUAUGUUAGAUCAUGAUGUGGUUCCUUGGGUUCCGAUUAUGAAUAUACUUUUGACUGCGAUGGUUAGGAGGAAUUUGAUUCGGAGUGCACGCGAACUGUUUGAUGAAAUGGUUGAGAGAGGGAUGUAUGGUGAUUGUUAUACUUUGCAUGUGGUUAUGCGCGCGUGUUUGAAAGAAGGGAAGUUUGAGGAGGCUGGGAAGUUUUUUGAAGAGGCUAAGAGUAGAGGGUUGGUGCUUGAUGCGGCUGCGUAUAGUAUUGUUGUUCAGGCGGUUUGUAAGUUACCGGACGUGAAUUUGGCGUGUGGGUUGUUGAAGGAGAUGAGGGAGUUGGGGUGGGUGCCGUCUGAGGGUACCUAUAGUGCUGUUGUUUUUACUUGUGCAAAGCAGGGAAAUGUUAAGGAGGCGUUGAGGGUUAUGGAUGAGAUGGUGAGCGUUGGUUUACCUGUAAAUGUGAUUGUUGCAAGAAGCUUGAUGAAAGCACAUUGUGUGCGGGGAGAUGUGAAUCUUGCACUGAAGUUGUUUGAUGAGAUUGUUGAAGGUGGUGUUGCUCCUGACGUGAUUAUGUUCUCGAAUUUGAUUGAUGGGUUCUCUAUUAUUGGGAAUAUGGAGAAGGCGUAUGAACUUUACAGUCAAAUGAAACUUAUGGGAAUCCAGCCAACUGUCUCAAUUUUGAAUUCUCUGCUGAAAGGCUUCCGGAAACAAAAUUUGCUUGAAAAUGCAUAUAGGUUGCUUGAUGAGGCGGUUGAACUUGGUAUUGCUAAUGUUGUUACUUAUAACAUUGUUUUAAUGUGCCUAUGUGAAUCCGGUAAGGUUGACGAGGCUUGUAAUUUAUGGGACAAGAUGACGAGUCAGGGUAUUACACCUUCAUUAGUUUCGUACAACAACUUAAUACUUGGUCACUGCAAAAAGGGUUGCAUGGAUGAUGCAUAUUGUGUGUUGAAUGAUAUUCUUGAAAGGGGUUUCAAACCGAAUGUGGUUACGUACACUCUUUUAAUAGAUGGUUUUUUCAAAAAGGGUGACUCGGAGAGAGCCUUUGUUGUGUUUGAGCAAAUGAAGGCUGCAAAUAUUGCACCCACAGACCAUACAUUUAACACCGCUAUAAACGGCUUGUGUAAAACUGGCCGGGUGUCUGAGACAUAUGACAAGUUGAACAAUUUCAUCAAGCAGGGUUUUAUUCCUACUUCCAUUACUUAUAACAGCAUCAUAAAUGGAUUUGUCAAGGAAGGUGCGAUUGAUUCUGCAAUGUCUGCCUACCGAGAGAUGUGCGAAAAUGGAAUUUCUCCUAAUGUUAUCACUUAUACUAGUUUGAUUAAUGGAUUUUGCAAAUGUAAUAAAAUUGGUAUGGCUUUGGAAAUGCAUAAUGAGAUGAAAUACAAGGGUAUGAAAUUGGAUGUUACUGCAUAUAGUGCUCUCAUUGAUGGUUUCUGCAAAAUGCAAGACAUGGGAAGUGCAAGCAAGUUUCUCGCUGAACUUUUGGACGUUGGUUUGACUCCAAACACAGUUGUCUAUAACAGCAUGAUUAGUGGCUUUCGAUAUUUGGAUAAUAUGGAAGCAGCGCUUAACUUGCACCAGAAAAUGAUACAGAAUAAGGUUCCAUGUGAUUUGCAGAUAUAUACCUCAUUGAUUGGCGGCCUUUUGAAAGAAGGUAAAUUGAGUUUCGCUUUAGAUCUUUACUCAGAGAUGCUUUCCAAGGGUAUCGUGCCUGAUAUCAUCAUGUAUACAGUUCUUAUAAAUGGACUCUGCAACCAUGGACAACUAAAAAAUGCAGGCAAGAUUCUAAAGGAGAUGAAUGGGAAUAACAUUACUCCUUCAGUUCUUGUAUAUAACACUUUAAUUGCUGGACACUUUAAGGAGGGUAAUCUGCAAGAGGCUUUUAGACUGCAUGAUGAAAUGCUUGAUAAAGGUCUUGUUCCUGAUGAUACUACUUAUGAUAUUCUUGUUAAUGGAAAACUCAAGAUAUCACAUACUCUUGCUGGAGCUUAAUUCAAAUAAACUCUAUUGCAAACUAGGCUUGAAAUAUGUCCAAUCUUCCAUUGUUUACAAUGCACCACCGACACGUUAGAUUGAAGACAUGUCCACUAUCCAACACUUGUCAGGGUUUGGCACCGACGUGUCAGUAUCGUAUCCGUGUUAGUGCUUCAUAGAUUGUUUACCUUAUGGACUUGAAAUUGUGGACCAAAACGCCGUUCACGACAUCUUCCAUAGAAGUUGUAUUUCUCUCAUUUUAUUUAUAGGUAUCAUUUUGUUAUCAUAGGAAAAGUAAGUUCUAUCAGUUAGGUUAUUUCUUUGGCAAGAGCAUAAUAAUGUCAUGGGCCAGAUAUUGGGCAGAGAAUCAAGCUUUUUUGGUAGAAGCAGUUUCAUAUAGCUGCAAUGUGGCACAGAUUGUGGCUAUUAGACAUGGGAAGACACAUAAUUCAGGUGUGACCUGAACAGUCUUAGUGUUUCCUUUUAUAUAUGGAUUACAUUUUUCCUUUCAUUUUGUAUGAGAGAGGAAAUGUUCUAAUUUCUAUUGUUUGAUGUUCUUGUUUUA